UUAGCAUUUCAGGCAUAUGUAUGUGAUCAUUCUUUUUUAAACAGAGCAGAUGUUCAAGCUGACCUGACAUCAUGGUUAGCUCCAAUAGUAUGGGAAGGAACUUUUGAUCCCAAACUAAUUGAUUCAAUCUACAAACAACAAAACAUCACUGUAGCGACUACAGUCUUCGCUCUUGGCAAGUAUACAGUGUUUCUUCAAGAUUUCCUGGAGUCUGCAGAGCAAAAUUUCUUUGUUGGAUUUCGUGUGCACUAUUAUGUCUUCACCGAUCAUCCAGAGCAGGUUCCUGAUGUGAAACUGGGUGGAGAACGUAAACUGACGGUGAUGACAGUCAAUAGUUCAAGCAGAUGGCAGGAGAUGAGUUUAGGCAGGAUGAAAAGGCUGGAGAUGCUGAUUGAGAGUGGACUGGUCAAUGAUGCUGACUAUCUUUUUAGCCUUGAUGUGGAUACAAAGUUCUACGGCCGCUGGGGAGCAGAGACUUUAGGUGAUCUUAUAGGUGUGAUACAUGCAUGGCAUUAUAAUUCUCCAUGUGUGCUAUUUCCAUAUGAGAGAAGGCCUGAGUCUCAAGCGUUUAUCCCUUAUUCUGAGGGUGAUUAUUAUUAUGGUGGAGCUGUGCUUGGUGGUUCAGUGAAGUGCGUAUAUCAGCUCGCUAAAACCUGUCGAGAGCAGCUGGACAUUGAUGCAGCUAAAUCCAUUGAGGCAGCAUGGCAGGAGGAGUCCCAUUUGAACAAGUACUUCCUUUAUAACAAACCCAGUAAACUGCUUUCACCCGAAUAUUCUUGGGAUGACCAAAAAAUGAAACCACAAGAGAUCAAAAUCAUUAGAUUCUCUCAAGUCCUCAAAAACUAUGCUGAAGUUCGUCCAAACAUAUAAAAGCUUUUAACUGUAUGGAGACUGUAUACACUUCAUUUUAUUAUAAUAACAAAGUAGUGAUUUCUAAAUUUACUUUGAAUUCAUUGGAGACAAUACAACAAACAUUAUUUGUUCGAAACAUAAUUUGUUCCUCAUGAUUUAAAAAAAUAAAAAUAAACAUGUAUUACAAUUUUGGUUCUUGCAACAUAUUUGAAAAAAUUGGAACAGUAAAGCAUUUACCAUUUUGUAAUGUUACCAUUCUUUUUGACAUCACAUAAAAGACUUUAUGUACUGAAGACACCAAGUGACAAAGUGUUUCACACGUAAAUUUGUCCUAUUUUUCCUUCAAACAAGUCUUAAGGUGGGCAACAGUACAGGGUCUUCAUUGUCACAAUGUUAUGCUUCAAAUUGCGCCACACGUUCUCUUAUGGAGAUAGGUCGGGACUUCAGGCAGGCCAGUCAAUUACCUGUAUCCUUUUCCUCUACAGCCAGGACUUUGUAAUACGUGGAGAAUGUGGUUUUGCAUUGUUUUUUUGAAAUUUGCAUGGGCAUCCCUGGAAAAAAGGUAGCAUAUUGUACUUCAAAAUCUCUACGUUCUUCAGAAAGCCUAUUUUGUUUUUAAUGUGCAUAUACCAUACUGUCCCAACUUUUUCUGAUUUAGGGUUGUACAUAAUGAAGUACAUGUAAGUUAAGCCAAAAUGGUGACAAGUGUAUUUGAGUUAGAAGCAAACUGUUAGAAAUCAAUGUGAAAACAAAAGGUCAAACUUUUUGGGUAAAGAUAAAAGUGCAUUUUACUGUAUGUUUUUGCUUACAUUAUGUGAACAGAAUGUAUGAGUAGAAAAAGGAAACAUUUAAGAAAGCAAUAUAAUUGGCUAUUUUAACAUUAAGAUAGCUAAUGAAAUGUAUAGUUUACUGUCAUGCCAUUGGAUCACAGAGACACAGUGAUGUUUUUGCAUACAUUGACAUUCAAUGGCAUGCAGUUUACUACAUUGAGUGUAUUUACAUUUUUUAUUGUUUACAAAUUUGUCACAUAAACAAAAAAAACUUUAAAUACAGAGUUUAUUAAACAUCAUCUGAGCAGCAUA